GCUGCUCCGCCGGGGCUGCUCCCUGCCCGCACCGGUGACAUCUCCCUGCUCGCACAGGUGACAUCGCGGGCGGAGCGGCCGCCGCCCCGGUGAAGCGCCCGCGGCUCCGGACGCGCGUCCCCCGCCCUGUCCCUCCCCGGGGACUCCAGCGUGUCCCUGGGGCAGGCCAGGGACCUGCCGCACCCCUGCUCUGUGCCCGGCCCGCCUACGAAGGAAACCCGGGGGAAAAACACACAUUUGGUUCUGUUAAGCACCGCGGCAGGCUUAAUACUCUACACAGAAAGUGAGGCCGAAUAACGUGCACAUGCCGAGUACUGGAGGAGAGGCUGAAGGACAUCCUGUUUUGUUUCAGCAGUGUUGUUAUUCUUUGGGGUGAAAUGAAGAAUUUGAUUUUGUUUUGGAACCACUCAUAUUUCUGAUGCAACUGAACUUCAGUAACCUUUUUGCAGUACGGAUUUCAACAAAUCAUUUUUUCUCUCUUGAACAAAGAUGCAGAACUUGUCGGUGGUAGAAAGUCUUGGUAACACAGACAUGGCACACUGUGAGCUUCCAAAAGAGCUGGCAGCUGAGGCAGGUGGUGUGUGUCUCCAUGAAAGUGGCUGUAACUGGAAUGAAAGAACGAGCAAUGAAGAAAUUGUUAAUCUCGAAGCAACGCAGCAAAGCCUCCCUGUAAUGAACAGUGAAGGGAGAAGUUGCGAGGAAUUUUCUGAGAGCAGCUUUAGUACCUCAGAACCCAGUGGUUCCUGGGGUGAUUUUGAAGGCUUCACGGAGCCCUUAGACAAAUCAGAGAGAUUCAGUGAUAACCUUGAAUUUUCGGUGAAGUCAGCAAAAACCCGGGGGGCCGGUCCGGAGCUGAGCAGCCGAGGCUGCAGCAUUUCUGCUGCCCAGGUGUGUGCUGAGCCAUCUCUGUGCCAUGGCAUGCAGGAGGCUUCGGGCUCUCUGAGUGAGGAAGACCACAGCUAUGAGGAGAUAUUUAAGCUGGGCUUUCCAGAAGUCUUUGUACCACAGUCCAGAGAGUGCAUAAGAAGCUUAGAGCAAGUUCUUGAUGCAAAUAAUGAAGGUGUUUGGAUUCCUGAACUUUUGAAGAAUCAACUUUGCAUGGAUUCUGGAAAUGUAUGGAGAGCACUCAGGGACUUUGAUAACACCCCCAGCUCAAGACAUCCCUGGAGUAAAUCUCAUUGCCAAGAAAACCUCUUGAGCGUUCUCAGAGUGGAUGCAAAUCAGAAGGAUGUUUCAGAGAACCAGGCUGAUAUUUUUGAAGAAUCAAAUGUCAAAGAUAAUGAGGACUUUAGAUUUGAUGGAUUCCGUGUUAAUGACUGCAAAGCAUUGAUCCAGACCAAGCUUUCUGUGUCACCGAGCUCCAGACAUGGUCACCUUUUCACCUGUAACCUCUUUUUGAAGACCACGUCAUCAGAUGAAAACACACAGUGUAUAACAAUCCCAAGGAAGAAGCAGAUUUUUUCUACACACAACCUAAAAAUGAAAUUUUUCAGUAGUGAUGUUUGUUGAACUAAAUGCCAUUUUUAGCCCUUUUUUAUUUUUUUUCUUUUUUUUUUUUAACUGAAUGCAGUUUACCUUCGUUUUGUUACUGACUUGGUACUCUAGACUGCAGACAUUCUUUAGGAAAGUGACAUGUUGCUGUGUAUGAGGGACCUAAGGCCACGUUAUUAGAAGAUAUUUCUCCUGUUUAGUUGAGAAGUCAAAUUUUGUAAUUUUGCCCUGCUAAGUUUUGCUGCAGAGUCGUGUUUCUUACAGUAAAUGCUGCAGCUGCAGCCAUGCUUUGAGAUAACUCUGGUGGACUCUCCUGAAUACUGACCUUUCAGGCCUUAAUGCCUCUUCAAUCAAAACCCUUCUUUCCCUGCCAAAACCUGCCCAAGUCUCAGGUGUGUUGUAACGUGCCUUGUCACCAUCUCUCCUCAUACCUGCUCCAGUUUGGAUCAGCUGAGACCUGUGGCUUUGCCACUGCUGGGUGUAAUGAGAAGAGCCUUUCUUCAUUUGGGGAAUUUCAGUGGGGUUUAACAGAAUAAAAGGGUUUUAAUUUCUGUCUGGUGAAGCCUGCUGUGGUGAGAGGGGUGGAGGCAGCGAAAUGCCUCAUUCUGAGAUUGAUUUCUGGCUGGAAUAAAUCACCUUUUGAAGCUGAUUGUCACAGGACACGUUGGGUUCAUCCAGCCACCCUUACACCACGCAUACCCUGCUUGUGAAAGCUCAGCAGUGUUGCAGUUCAGGACAUGAAUAAUGGUGUAAAUUCCUGCCCUUUUAAAAUUUUAUGGAAACUGUCAAGUAUUGCCCAUCUUGCACGCCUGAGUGCCACAGGGGAUGCACUCCACUGUCACUCAGGAGAAUCUCUGCUGGUUCCCUGCCAGCUCCAACAGCUUCAUUUAUUCAUUGGCAGUAACUUUUACACAAGUUACUGAUCUGUUUUCUGAUCUGGCCAUUCUGAAUAUGGAAAUUUUAUAUGGCUUUUUGUUUUAAAGAGGUGCUAAGCAUGGCAGCUGAUAUUUUGUGUGUUGAAAGCAGGGAGCAAAGUUGGGUGUUCCAAAAUUAAGUCAGUUAAUUGUUUAAUGAUGUGCAUAUUCUGUACUAAGAAUUAAAAAUACUAUAAAGCA